GUAUCAGUCACAUGACCGGACAAGAUGGAGGAGGUGGAUCACAUUAUCAUUCACUCCCUCCGGGUGAUCGGAUGUGACAUAGAGGAGGAUGUCACAAAUCUGAAGCAAUUCUCUACAGAGCUGAUUGUGUCUGCCGUCAUUAGGUGUCUCAAGGUUAUCAACAGUGAUGUGGACCUCCCCAACUCUCUUCCUGGUGGAAUGUCGGCCAAGUUUAGGAUUGGCACAUCCAUGGCUGCUCACAUUCAGGAACUUGGUUACAGAGGUGAGAUUGGUUACCAGACAUUCCUCUACUCAAACGAGCAAGAGAUUAGAAGAGUGCUUAUGUUUCUGGUUGACAAACUACCCAAGGAGACAGCUGAAGCUGUGGAAGAAGUUCUAGGGGCAUCUGUACUACUACAGAGAACCAUAGCGUCUACUCUUGCCCAGCAGCUGAACUCUGUGUGGACCCCACCCUACCUCAAGCAAAACAGUAUUACAUGGAGGGGAAGUCCUCCACACUGGCAAAGAGAGGGUGCCAGUUCGCUGUGUAAAUUUCAUGCUUCCCACCUACAUAUACCACAGGGCAUGACCGACCUGAAGAGGAAACUUCCUAAAGCAUUAAGAUCGUAUUAUUCCCAAAGUCUUCCUUAUGUAACCAAUCAAACUGUUCAUCACAAUGAUACCUCAUCUUCUGUCAUUGAGAAAAUGGCCAGUGAAAUCACUGCCCAGCAGGAGUGGGAGAAUGAAUGGAACCAGGCUGGAUUGGCUUCUAGGCUAUCUGAACAGGAGUACAGAGAGAAGAAAAAGAACAAAAUACGAAAGCGAGUGAUGGACCAGCUACGUCAGGAUGUACAGAGGAGCGGAGACUUUGCUGCGUCCAGGAAGGCGCAGGAUCUACAGCAGAUGAUCGACUCCAUCAGUAGCAGGGCAGGAAGUAGCACCAAAACUAAAGGCUCGCGUUUUACGCACACAGAACAACUCAUAUUCGCAAAGGAUGAAGAGAAGACUAUGUCACAGAUGGGAGGAGAGUCUGAAGUAGGGCAAGGUCACUCAGAGGAGGAGAUACAGAACCAGCGUGAUGCUGAGGUGGAGGGCCUGCGUGAGGAAGUGUCUGGCCUGGUGUCUCGUCUGGAACAGAUGGACUUGGAGAUGCGCAAAUUCACAGCCAGUAUCCAGCAGAUGGAGGAGGUGGUAUCCACUCAGGGCAGCACUAACGCAGAAAAGGAGGAGGCAUACACAGUCAAAAAAAGGACACUCGACCUGCUGCCUGACGCCGAGAACAAUAUAGCGAAACUACAGAGUGUGGUAGACGGUAGUGCCCAGCGACUCGUCACACUCGCCAAUCAAUGGGAGAAACAUCGGGCACCAUUAAUAGACCAGUACAGGGAACUCAAAGACCUCAGCUCCAAAAAGGAGUCUGAAGGAGAGAAGAAACUAGAAGAGAUUAAGGCAUUCCGUGUAAGAAUGAAGGAAGUAGCUGAUGAUGCGAGGCACAAAGAUGAACACUUAAAACAGCUGGUGGCCGAGUAUGAAAGAAUGACAAAGGAUGUUAACAGAUCAGCAUACACACAGCGCAUCAUGGAAAUAGUGUCAAACAUCAAAAAACAAAAAGAUGGAAUCAACACGGUUUUGAUUGACACUCGAGCUGUUCAGAAAGAGAUAAACCAGCUGACGGGAAAACUGGACCGAACAUUCACAGUCACAGAUGAAUUAAUCUUUAGAAAUGCUAAAAAGGAUGAAGCAGCUAAGAAGGCCUACAGACACCUGGCAGCUUUACAUGAGAGUUGUGAACUUCUGAUUUCCACGGUGGAAGAAACAGGUGUCAUAAUGAGGGAGAUACGAGAAUUGGAAGACCAGAUUGAAAAUGAAAGCAAGAACAAAGUACUUAGUAAUUUGGAGAAGAUCACAUCAGAUUACCAGCAAAUGAAGAAAGAAAAUACAGCAUUAAUGGCAAAAAUGAAACAAAGGUCAUGAAUUUCAGACCAAAUAUUUCGUUUAACUGUUAUGCCAAAUAUGAAUGCAAGUCAUGUGAAUUAUACAGUGUUUUGUGAAAAUGUUCUGUGCUAUCUUACUACAGAAGGAUACUUGUUAAGAAUUUGGAUUCACAUUGGAAACCAACAUUGUGCUGGUUGUAUUAAAAUUUAAUCUUACUUUAUAUAUUAUUUGUAAGACAUUUAUGUAUGUGGAUGAAACUAGUUGUACAGUAAAGCAAAAUUCAUGUGCCACAAGAUUAUACGACACUCUAAAACUGUCACAAUAAGUACUGCGUAACUGUCCAGUCAGUCAGUGAUCACUUUCAAUCCAAUGCUUAUUUUCUUAUCUCUGUCGAGGUUUUUAUGUACAUGUGUAAACUUUGAAAGAAGGAUGCAUGAUGACGUUUAUAUAAAAUUAUCAAAUUAUUAUUUUGUGUUUGUUUCAUAUUAUGUUAACACUAUCCAAACAUGUGUUGCCUGCAUUUGGCUUUAUGUUUUUUUAAUCAUUGUGGACAUUGUGCUUGUUCAGGUAAUUAAUCCAUUUAUACAAUAAACAUUUGUUGACUUGCAAUUUACUUCAAAACUUGUUUAGUUUUGCCGUUGACUCCGGUGGGAAAAGCUAAUGUUAUCCAGUUAUUUAAGUUUAAAAAACAGUUUGUUUAUUUUGUACCAAUGUAACUAUCAUUUUGGUUUGGUUGGCAUUGUAACUUGUAAAAGAUAUGACUGCAGUAUCUAUAAUACAUCUGUAUCAGAUAUUUUUCAAAACUGAUAAAUAUGAGGUGCUAAACCACAGUCUGUGACGGUCAACUGCUAUCUAGCAUUUUAGCCAACCAUCAUCAGACGGGAGGCUGUUUAAAUCGCCUUUCACCUGUGGUUUGUUGUCCGUCUUUAAAUAAAUCUUGUUGUCUCUAUUUCUAAAAGAAGCACCGGAUACAUCUGUCUUAAUUUUUUGAGAUUGUUUCAAGGAAAAAAAUUGUCAGCAAGGUAGCCAUUUUAGAUGUUGACAUUCAAAUGAUCUAAAAAAUCAAUUUUACAAUGUGGGCUCUGCCUAGAUCCCUCAGGGAUCUCUUGUUUUUAUAUAUUUUUUAAUGAUGCUUUACUGUACUCUUCAGAAUUGUCUAUGCUCAGUAUUAGAAAUUAGUACUGUAUUUUGCAGAAAAUAAAGCUAUUCUGAGUACUAGGGUAUCAUUCCCACCCCUCCUUAGACAGAUUUACAGAUGAUGCUAAUGUCCAUAUCAUUAAUGAGAGUUUGUGAGACAGAUGUCAACAACCGUAUUUCCUGUUGUGUGUGUGUGUCUUGCAUGUGUAACAGGAAAAAUGCAUGACUAGAUUAGCAUUCAAACCCGGGGCCCUCUUUGAAUAAAAGUAAUGUGUAAUGGUAAUUAAUUACAUAGGCAAUGCAAUUGUAAUGGUAAUUUAUUACAUUAAGAAAACCAUGUAAUGGUAAUGGUAAUGCUACUUUUCCAAUGUAAUGUGUAAUUUAAUUAAUUACAUUACCAAUGUAAUUGCCCCAUGCCUGCUGAACUCUAGAUGGAAGUUCGAUCAAUUGAGCUACCUGGUCACCAUUGAUUGACCCAGUCCAGUUCCAUUACAUAUGCCAAUAUUUUGAGUUGGUGUGUUUAUAUAGAGCCUUCACAACAGAAAGUUUACAACAUUUGUUUAAAUUUGACGUAAGCAUUACUGAUAUAUUUGUGUACUUUUUCAUAUUGUUAAUAUUCACAACAAGAUCGUUCCGUCAUAGCUUAUCAUCCUUACAGCUUGUCAGGAAGCUGUACCUAGAAUGCCAUUUGAGAUUAUUGUAGUAACCAAUUUUAUAUUUUAUUUUAAAUUGUAGUAGAAUAAUUGAUUCUUGAGUGAAUACAGGAACAUUGUAGAAUUGUCUUAAUGCUGGAAUUAGAACCAGAUGAAAAUUGGUUUGGUGUACAAAAACAUCACAGACUUAUCUAGAUACUGGAAUGGUAAGAGAUAGCUCCGCAGUUCAACCUUGUUAUAACCAUCCUGAAAAUUAGCUUAUAGCUCACUCUAAUUGAAACCAAUGAUUUAUUUAGCAUGGUGCCAACUAGCAUGAAAAAAGUGCUGGCUUUCCUUUCUUUUUUUUACGAUAGGCUAAUGUCUCUGUUACGACAGGCUAAUGUCUCUGUUACGACAGGCUAAUGUCUCUGUUACGACAGGCUAAUGUCUCUGUUACGACAGGCUAAUGUCUCUGUUACGACAGGCUAAUGUCUCUGUUACGACAGGCUAAUGUCUCUGUUACGACAGGCUAAUGUCUCUGUUACGACAGGCUAAUGUCUCUGUUACGACAGGCUAAUGUCUCUGUUACGACAGGCUAAUGUCUCUGUUACGACAGGCUAAUGUCUCUGUUACGACAGGCUAAUGUCUCUGUUACGACAGGCUAAUGUCUCUGUUACGACAGGCUAAUGUCUCUGUUACGACAGGCUAAUGUCUCUGUCAUGCUUGAAUGGAUGAUUUUGAAAAGUUCCACAGCAUGAUAGAAAAUGGUCUUCCAAAAUCAAAAAUAAAUGCACAGCUGCCGUGUUUGUGUCCGAAUAAAAUUGACAACAGGAUCGUAUAUGUUUGAUGUGUAAACUGCACACCUUCAAAACACACUAAUACCAGAAGGACAUAUUUAAUGCAUAUAUAAGUCCUUAAUGAAAAGCAUCAGAAUUGUGAUGAUCAAUCUUUAGCUUAGCUGUGGUGGGUGGCUGGAAUGUUACGCCCACCUAAAUAACACUUUAGGUAAUAUUCUGUAUGAACAUUUUACUUUACAUUGUCCUUUUUCUCUAAGGAUUAUGACCUGUCAAUAAUGUUUGACCAUCUAGUUGUGAUACAUUGGUGCUGUAUAUAUUUUCAAAAAAUAUGUUUAUGGUAUAAAACUUCUAUACAAAUAUACUCAUGGUAUUUCUAAGAUUUAAACAUGACAUAUAUGUAUAUUGUUUUUCAUAAACUGACAUAAAACUAUUUUGCUUUAAAUUUCGGUUUUUGCUACAUUUUGCUAGUGCUGUCACUUUGGGUAGAUUUUAUUUGGUAACAAAAAUAUAUGUAAUUUUAUUUAUCGCAGUACAUUUAUUCCAUUAAUUAUUUAUUGUUACAUUAAAAGAUGCUAGUAAUACCAAGGGCUGAUUACCCACAUGCUAGUUGUGUAUGUAGAUCAAAAGCUGGUGAGAUUGAUCUUUAUUAAUGUAUUGUAAGAAAGGGUGUUUGAAAUACUAUAGAGAUCACACAUGUUUAUCAUAAAAUUUGAUCAUCAUGAGUUGUUCAUUUAUUACCAAGAUUGAAUAUGUUUAAUUAUAUAAAGCAAUUUUAAACAAAUAAAACAUGCUUAAAAUGAU